AUGGAACAAACACUACACCAAGAAAUUUUAACUCUAGCUUACCAACUCUCACGAACGCUUCAAACACAGCGAUAUCAGGGAGCUAUCACGAUAAUCGUCAACCAAUGGAAAGUAGCUUGUACAAAUAAUUGGCCAUCAUUUGUUGAUGUUGCUGACGACGUUGUUGCUGUUGUCGCUGUUGUUGCUGUUGUUGUCACUGUUGUCGCUGUUGUCGCUGUUGUU